AUGAUCGGCCUUUCUACGGUGAACUGCCUGAAUGGUGGUAAGGGGCGCUUAGGCCCCUGUGUCACAGCUCUGGGAAUCAUGGCCUGCGUCAUGGGCGCCUAUCCAUUGCUCAACUACAUCCCUGUUGCUGCCUUAGCCGGCAUCAUGCUUGUCGUUGUGCUGCACACCUUCAAGUGGUUCACCAUCCCCAUGGUGUUGGCUGCUUUCCUCCCGAAGAGCAUGCGUGAGAAGCUGGGCCUGCAGCGCAAGGUGCCGCGGAUAGAUGCCAUUGUCAUCAUCAUUGUGACGAUCCUGUGCAAGUGGCCGGCAGGCACCAACAUCGCGGUGGCUGUGGGCGUCGGUGUUGCAAUCUGUUCGGUGUCGUACGCCUGGAAUUCAGCGGACACGUUCGAGGUCAUCGUGUCAGAGAAGGAAGAUGUGAAGCAGUACUUCAUCCACGGGCCGUUCUUCUUCACCUCCGCCAACCGUUUCCUGAAGAUUUUGAAUGCCGACGAGGACCCAGAAAAGGUCGAAGUCGUGUUCUCCGAAGCCACGUCUCUCUUCGACUACUCUGCCAUGCAGGCCAUGAACAAGGUCAGCGCUGAGUACAAGUCCAAGGGCAAACAGAUUGUGUUCAAGUCGCUGUGCUCGAAGAGCACGAAGUUGAUCAACAAGGCCUCGCACUUGAUGUCCGAGACGGAGUACACAGAACGAGACAUGGAGGUGGCCGACCUCCACGGCGUGGAGUGGGGCGGCGGCGAUCUUCCCGAGGGCGGUGAGCUGGGCCAUGCCCUGUCGAGGUACGGGCUGCCCAGCCUGCAUCCUGAUCAUGGCUCCCGCAACGGAACGAAAGACUCUCCGGCACAAGUGGUCAGCGCCAACGACCUGACCGUGGUUGUGGGCAACGUGAACGAGGCUGCAAACGUUCUGAAGGAGCCAACCCGGUCGCCCUCGCGAACUCGGCGCACGCCUGGAUGCAUCGUGGUGUGCCCAUGCGGAUCUCCUAUUUGA